GGAGAAAACCCCUUCAGUUUUACAAUUCCAGUUUUAAAAUAUGGCAUCACACAUCUGCAGGUUACAUCAUGUCAAACUGGUGGUUCACUGCGUAUGACAUCGCCAGCGACUACACCAAAACUACCGUCAUAGAUGGGACCAUUAGCAUAUUCUACUCCCUGCUCUGGGGUGCGCUAGGGGUAUAUGCUAAUAAGUUGGCAUAUAGGUUAUUCAGCCACAAGAAGUUCCUGGACAUGUUGAGGCUCCACUCGAAGACCAUCCUGAAGAUGAAUGCAGCCGCGGUGCUCUUCACGGUGAUGAUGCUGUUCGCUUUUUUCAACGACGUCAAUGCCUAUGCCAACUUCAAGGAUGAGACGUGUCAGAGAGUGGCCGUUGAUGUGAUAGUGUGCAAAGUGAGAUACAUAAUGCGGGUUGUGUACUCGGGAUUUGCCGUCGCCUGGAAUUAUCUGGUAGCCUUUGUCCUCAUCUCCGUCUGCCGCACUCAUGUCAUUGGAAUUCGCAAGUUUAUGCAGUCCCUGGAGCAAGAUUCGCGGGUUUACGAAGCAAGGUACAUGGGUGUCACACAGCAUGGGACGCCAGACAGACCUGUGCUUGAAGAGAAUGGUCAUCACUCUGAAGGAAAUGAACUUUUAUCUGAGUACACAUGGGUCGACGAGGACUACCUGGAGGAGUUGCGAGACCCUGGGACAAGCGACGUCGACUCCAACUCUUCGGCUCUCAUCCCACAGCAGGCUAAUAGACGCCCCAGUGUGCCAGAUGCAGGUGGAUCGCCAGACAGCACAGGACUCCCCGUAACCCGGAUUCCAGCCUCACCGUCCUCCUCGGGGCAAAGCGUUGCGUCAGAGAGAUCUUCGAAUCUUCAUAAAGAUGUUCAGGGGCAGGAGAAGACCACCAGUACUUUAACACACAGAGCUCGAUCCAACAGCCAGAUAGACGAGGCCAGCUCGGUGUGUAGUACGUCCACAUCUACUGAGGUCCGCACGAAGCCCACGCCUCUCAUGAGCAACUCGGAGAUCCUUUUCCGAUACUGGAAGAUACAGUCCCGGCUGCGGUUGUCAUCAGUCGCACUCCAGAGGUGGAUGAUGUCGAUGCUCUCCAUGGUGGUGGUGUGGCUGGCUAUGAACCUGGUCCUGUGGCUGAACUAUGACCCGAAGUUGAUUGACCUGGCCAACUUCUUCCUCCCGCUGGCACUCCUCCCCCUGCUGGCCUCCGCUUAUGCCGAGGUCAACCAGGAGGGGCUUAGGCUUCUGAAGUUCAUUUGCCCAGUGGAAGAGAGGCUGCAGAUGCUGUAUGUCCUGCAGAACAACCCUCUCCAGAUGACAGUGUACGGGUUCACCCUCUCAUACUCCACAAUCACCACGGCAGCCUUUGGUAUCUUGCUGGCUUUUGCGUCCAAGGUCCUGAUUCAGGAGAUAUCAGGACCCAACACACCCUCUAUCGCCCCUUGAUGGAAGUUUGGGUUGAGAUGUGCCUUACCAGAUAUUUAUGUAUCUCUAUAGUGGGAAUGGAGCAAUGGAUAUCAUUCCAGAUUUAUGUCUUUGUGUUUUUUUUAUAUGGUAGAUGUUGUAUGGAGGACAACAGAAUUCUUUUAUAGUCUUAUGACAUUUUAGUGAGGGUAUAAUGCAAUUGUAGGCAUUGUAAAGCUGUUGCAUAGGUUGGUUAGAUAUACAGAAGGUGAGGUGAAAGGGAGAUACAUGUUAGUAGAGGGAGAGCAGCUAUUAGCUACAUAUAAGUCUUUCAUUAUAUUGAGUAUUAUAACUAAGUAUAUUUUUAAAACUAUUGUUGACCAUGGUUGCUUAGAAUAGUAAUUGUGAUUCCCAAUUGAUUCUUUCUAAUCAUUUUUAGCUAAUGGCAUUAGCACCAAUAUAACAUUCUUAACUAGUUUCCUUAUCAGCAAAUAUCUCUGUAUUUUGCUCUAGCAUUUUGUAGUUUAGAUUUUCUACUCACACAUUACUGGAUCAAUUUUUGCCAAUGAUAAAAUUAGGAAUAUUAACACAACUAAAUCUGUUAACCAUGUAGCAGAUAUAUAGUCAUUAUUUUAUGAGCAAUAAAGACAUUGUAUUUAAGAAGUGAAGCAAGAAGAAGAAAAUAAAAUGGGAUUGAAUUGAGGAAUAACCAAUGUAGAAAAAGCAAAAAUUCACAAAAUCAUAUUGCACUCACAUUAGAGCUCGCAUUGCAGCUUUCUUCAGGUACGCAGUAAAGGAUCAAACUGCCUCAUACAGAAGAACCCAUGCUGCGUGGAAUUACGUAGACAAUUAUUUCAGAUACUGAUAAAGGUGGAUAAAAAUGUUGCCAGCUUUAUUUCUGUUUUGUCAUAAUAGGAUAAAUGAUUGAUAGGAUUGGAUAUCUUUGUGGACUGAAAUGACAGAUUUCUGAAAGUGAAGCUAAAAUUGGGAGUCUAAAAGCUGAAUGAAUCUCUGUACAAGUGAAGCACAAUAGAACACACAAUAUGUUAAAUAUUAUUAAGGUAAGGUAAUUGUGCAUAAUUCUGUGUUUUAAGAUAUUUUAUUUUACAAGUGAUUUAACAGUUGUGUCCAUUGUGAUUUUAGUCAUGUUUAUUCCAUUUUUUCUUUUCUUUUUUUUCUUUAAUAUCGUACUUUCCUCCUUCUCUCCCCCUUUUCAUUGUCUAAGUUUGUUCUAUUACAUUGGGGCAUCUAGGAUGAUUAGCCCCUAAAUGUCCAUAUUUAAAAACCUUUUUAAAAUAUGCCCGUCAAAAGGUGUUUCUUCCUCUUAAGCCAAAAAUCAACAGAAUUAUAGGUUGGUUGGAUUGUAAGCUUGACCACAUUACAGAUGAGAAAAUUAUUUUGUCGGCUAUUUAGUAAGAUAAUGUUAUACUUGCUGAGGAUUAGGUUGCCAGUAACUCAUUUUGCUUACGGCCAGCUCUAACUAAACACCUCAUAUUUGGAUCUCAUGUUUUGUCUUUUUCUCUCUCUCUCUCUCUCUCUCUCUCUCUCUCUCUCUCUCUCUCUCUCUCUCUCUCUCUCUCUCUCUCUCUCUCUCUCUCUCUCUCUCUCUCUCUCUCU